UCAAUAGCGACUCCGAGUCAGAGUUGAGAGAGACAGAAGCUGUUGCCAAUGGAGGCAGAGUGAUUUGAUAACACCACACGCAAGCCAUGGACGCCUUCAAAAUGCUACUACUACCAGUCUUUGGCGUUCUACUUACCUCUAUCGCAGGACUUGCACAGGGUUCGUCCAUUGGAAAGAGAUCAAGUGAACGAGCUAUAGACUUGGAUCUAGAAAGUCAGUUAAGCAGAGUGAAGCGACUAGAUGCUGAAGUUCCCGAGCUUUCUCGUACCAAGAGACGAGAUGUUGUCGUGAAUGACGGAUUGUCACGCAUGAAGAGAUAUAACACAGAUGAAAUGCCAUCCCUCUCUCGAGAGAAACGAGGCGACAUGGAAAAUCCCGCACUUUCUCGAAUGAAAAGAGGCGACCUUGACGACAAUCCCGUCUUAUCUCGUGAAAAAAGGCAGGAUUUGUCUGAAAUUAUCGGUCUCUCUCGCAUGAAGAGAGGCGAUGAACUAGAUGUGGAACUAUCACGCGAAAAGAGACAUGAUGUGGACGGCAGUUUAGCACUUUCGAGAAAAAAGAGAGAGGGCAAGAAUCUCCUGAGGGUGAAGAGAGUGGAUCCCGAUUCAAUGGAGCUGGAUAGAGUUAAAAGAGGGGAGGUAAUUCUGAUUCGAAAAAGGCGAAAUACUGACGAUGCCGAAAAGGAUAUUUCUGGUGACAUCGCUCCAAAGGAGAAGACACAGAAGAGGAAAACCGAAAACCAGAACCUUGACAAAGCUGAUCAGAAAGCAUUGGUGAAGAAGUCAUCUCACAUGAAACGAAAACGAGGCUACUGGGAGAAGCGAAAAAGGGGAGACUAUUUGGUCCGUGAAGUCAACAGGAGAGAAAUGUACCACAAGAGAAGAAACAUGAACAAAAGAGGAAGAUCAAAGAUGAUGAAGAAGAAAGCCAUCCAGGGCAAGCAGAAACUUCAGAAGGAGGCGAAGAUGAAGCGAAAUUGGAAGAAGGCCGCCAAGAAGUCACUGGGAAACAGUUCAAUUAAACACUUAUAAUUAGGGGCAAAUUCGCGCACAACUGUGUGUCAAGAUCUUAAGCAAAAUUGGUUGUGUUUAUUUUGAAUGUACAUAGUACCGUGAAGUAAAGAACAUCAAUGUGCAUCAAAUUGUGAUUCCUAUUUUUUCAGCAACAAACUGUCUCUGGCGUAAGCUACAAGUCAUUAUCUGAUGCCAUGCACUGUCUACUACGGCCACUGCCAGUAUUUUCUUUUUUUUUGGCUACACAACAUGUGUUUAUGUAGAGUUUCCUAUUAAUUGUAUUCACGGGGGAUUACAAUAAGAGAACAAAAUGUGUAUAUUCCAAAGAAUAUCAGCUACCAUCGUUAUAACAAAGAUACACACUGCUCUGUAUGCUCCUGGAUUUCAAGAGACUGCCUUCUGUCACAAUGAACAUGUAUUUUCAUUACUGUCAGUUGUAAAUCUGAAUAUAUUCCUGUUGUGGUUGUACAAUGUAAGUAACAGGGCCAAUCAGCAUAUCUAUCAUGAUAAUUUCUCAAAGUAUAACCAGUGAGGUUAAUUGUUGAAAUCAAUAUAAACGAAUGUAUUCUCAUAGAGUGCCCUGUGCCUUUAUUGAAUAAAUGCUGUUAGUUAAAUGUA